AUGUUUAUACUUGCAAGAAGCAGUAGACCACUGACUCACACCGCAUCCAUUAUAUCAGCAAGUUCACAAAGAAGAUUAGCAACUUUAUCGAACUCACAACAACAGAACAUUGAGAUGACUGUUUUAGCAAUAACCACCCCACCUUCUCCACCAUCCACAUCAAGAAAACUUUUAGGAAGAGAGUUGUACAAUGCUAUAGGCCAACCAAAGACUAUAGUAGCGCCAAUGGUGGACCAAUCAGAACUAGCAUGGAGAAUACUAUCCCGCAAAUAUGGUGCCGAUUUAUGUUACACCCCUAUGUUUCAUGCACGAUUAUUUGUAACUAGUGAUAAGUAUCGUAAAAGUAUGUUUAAUGAUCAAGAUGGCAAUCCCAGAUACGAUCGUCCUUUAAUUGUUCAAUUUUGUGCCAAUGAUCCUGAGAUUUUGUUACAAGCGGCCAAGCUUGUUGAAAACCAAUGCGAUGCCGUUGAUUUAAAUUUAGGAUGUCCUCAAGGAAUUGCUAAAAAGGGUAAAUAUGGGUCUUUUCUAAUGGAAGAUUGGGACUUGAUUCAUAAAUUAAUUAGGAAGUUACACAACAAUUUAUCCAUUCCUGUAACUGCUAAGAUUAGAGUAUAUGAUGAUUAUGAAAAAUCAUUACAAUAUGCCAAGAUGGUUCUUGAUGCAGGAGCUCAAUUUAUAACAGUGCAUGGUAGAACAAGAGAAAUGAAGGGUCAAAAUACCGGACUUGCAAGUUGGAAAAUAUUGAGAUACUUGCGUGAUAAACUACCACAAGAUCAAGUGUUUUUCUCUAAUGGGAAUAUAUUGUAUCCUAAUGAUUUACAACGAUGUCUGGAUAAAACUAAAUGUGAUGCCGUAAUGUCAGCGGAGGGAAACUUAUAUAAUCCGGGUGUAUUUUGGACCAAGACUGAUGAUGUCGAUAUGCAAUUCCCGCGAGUGGAUAAAAUUUUACGUCAAUAUUUUGAAAUUGUCAAGUCAGUUGAUCCCCAUCCCGCAUCGCGACAUUCAAUGAAAUCCCAUUUUUUCAAAUUGAUGCAUGAAUUUCUUAACGUGAGGACUGAAUUACGUCCCAUGAUUGGUAAAACUAGCGUGCAUUCAUCAUUUGAAGAAUGGGAAAAGAUUGUUGAAGAAGUGGAGAGGAUUGUUAAAGACGAAAUUUUGACAUUGUCCAAUUUCAAAGAUAUGGAUGUAGUAGUUGAUGGAGAUUUACAAAAAUGGGGUGGCCAUUACAAGACUGUACCUUAUUGGCGCUGUCAACCAUUUUUUAGAAAAGUUGAUGGUGAAAGACAAAAUACUAGAUUAUUGAAAGUUGCGGGAGAAAACGACUUGAUGGUUACGUCAAAUGAGGCGAAGGAGAAGUCGCUUAAACGUGAACUUGAAGGGGAGGGGGACGAAGAUGGUAAUGUAAGAAAGAAACCAGCGGCGUGA